AUGGCCUAUGCUUCCGUCGCCCAGGCCGACCAUGAGGCUGUUUAUCACGACUCUCGUGACCUGGCCUCGCAUUCGCCCAGUUUUCCCGAAAUAUCCAGUCCUCCUCUGUCACUCGGUUUCGAUCAAUUCUCGGGCGAUGAUGACCCUUCCACGGGCCGGCCAGUUGUGCCGGCAUCUGUAGAUGUUGGGUCUCUGCUGAAGUCCCUGAGUUCGUCACAGUCAUACGAAAUGGUGGAGGGCAACGAUUAUGAAGAACCGAUGCCCUCUUCUCAGGGAGUGUCGUCAAAAAUGAAAACCUCUCCUUCCCCGCCAGAUGAUACCAUAACACUCCCGUCGGAAGAACCUCCAAUGAGAACUGCGUCCAUCAGUCGUCACCUUCCUCUCAAUCACCCGACCCCAGAUUUACAAUCGUUGCAAGGGGCAUUUGUUAAGAAUGUGGAACGAUUGGAGGAGAGCGCCGAGCGCUUGAGCAUGACUUCGAGCCUGGAAGAUGAGUUGAAUAAGACGAGACGAGGUCAGAAGCGACUCGAACGCCAGUCCUCUGCCCCGGCGACAUUGGAUAAUGUCCUUCACCCAGCCCUACAAAGACAAUACUCUGCAGGUUCGUGGUCGAACUCCAUUAUAGGUCUAAAUCAAACGGCCCGAUCGGGAGGAUAUUCUCCCUCGGGGUAUAUUACUUCUCCCGCAGGCUCCAUACGCUCUGGGCCGUUCUGCCACCAACAGCAUCUAGAACGUCACUCCUCGAAAGGCAGUCGUCGCGACCAUCCAUUACCAGAACCCCCUCUGGAAGGUCGACCCUUGGACUUCAACUCCAAUCGUGCACCUGCCAAUAUCCUCCCUGAGCAAGAAGGGCUCCUCGCAUCGCCCGUCGCCUCCAAUGGCCCUAUUCAAGAGGACAGACCACCGACUUCUGCUUCCAAUGAUACAUAUCGUCAGGCGCAAUCGGCGUUCAAUGACUUUGAUGGGGUACAUUACCACUCGGGCGUAUUCCAUGAAAGAACUGCUUCUAUAUCGCGACGGAUAUCGCUUCAGCAUCCCCCGCUAGCAAAGGACGCUAAAGCGUAUAGAGAAGCCCAGCCCGGCGAGAAGAUGAUAUAUUAUCCUGCUCCUGUUCCCGCCAUGCUCAAUCUACCUCAGCGGUUGUCUAAAGUGGACAUUGCCGAACGAGAAAAGCGUCGACUCCAGGCUCUCAGUGGAAUCCCUGAAGACAUGCGCAAAUCUGCUGGUUGGCUCGCAGACCAAGACAAUAACAAAUUGCAAGGCCAGAGAUCAACGUUGAAUCUUCCCCCUCAAUUGCGCGCAAGCGCAUUCUUUGAACACCCCAGUGUUACCCAAGACUUGCAGCUGAAGAAUGGUUCUGCCGUCCAAACCUUGGAUAGUAUCCUGGACGCGGCGGCCCACGCUCCUGUUUCCGCGUUCACAGACCAUCCAAUCGCCGGCCAGCUGGGAAAGGAAGUUUAUGGACCCCAUGCAUCUCCACGGAAGAGUACGCAAUUGCCUGACGAAAAGGCCAAGAAACGUCGGAGUUCGCUGAGUACGAUGUUUAAGACGAGACGGUCUAGCACUGGACUAUCCGGAUCGAGAGUGGGCCGAACCAAGUCCAAGGAUUCUAAAGAUAUGCUCGACGGCGAUGGGGACGCCACAGGGGACGAACUUGACCGCGCUGCAGCGCAAUCAAUAGCACCGGAUGCGGACGAGAUUUCCGACCAAGAAGAAGACGAAGGGGCCGCUCGUCCAAGCUUCUCUACGGCACCGACCACCUUGCUUGCUGAAUUGCAAAUGCGCAAAGAGCAACAGAAACAACGCAAUCGUACGGCUGCGGACGCUUUUCCGAAUGGCAUGCACUCCACGCUUCUCGAGCUCGACGCGGUCGCUCAACUCCAGCAGAAAGCUCGAAAGACCAAGCAUGUCACCCUGGCCUGGGAAGACCAUGACGACGCUGACAGACAAAAUUUCGAUGAUGAGGAUAUACCUCUUGGGGUACUUUUUGCGGAGAAGGAUAGGGCCAAUCUUCCCAGUGCUCAUCGGCCCAUUGGACUUAUAGAAAGGCGAGAAAUGGAAGAGAACGAGCCGCUCAGUCACCGUCGUGCAAGGUUGCGCGGCGAGCCACUACAACCAAUGAAGUCCGAGACUCAGAGUGAGGUCAAUGAAACAAGCCGUGCUCCUGUCAUCGAAGACGUGCCUGGCCUCGAACCAGGGGUCCUCCCUGAACGAGAAGAUGAGACAUUAGCACAGCGUGCCGCAAGGAUGAAGCUGGGGAAGGGGAAGGGCAGCGGAGGUCAAUUCGCAGAAGAGGUGGCGAGUGAACUAGGUCUCAAUGUUGGGAACAAUGCUCCACUGCCUUCCAAGACCCCCGACGACGAGGAGACUUUGGCGCAAAGACGAAAACGAUUAAAAGAAGAAGCCUUGAGAAAUGGCAGGCAGGUCAGCGGAGGUAGCGCCAAUGACACCGGUGCCAGGGCCCCAACUGGAUCUCUGCAUAGUCUGGCUGAUAUCUUGCAAGCCCAUCCUGUGGGCCAUCAGUCGAGACCGGCACAUCCUUCCAGUCGGACCGCGAACCGGGGAUAUACACAACAAAACGGCGGCUUUAUCAAUGGAUCUUAUGGGAAUCUUGCUCAGAACAAUGUGUCACCAUAUAUGAAUGGAACGUUGGGGGUUUCGACGCCUGCACUUUAUGGCGCUCCUCUUCCCAUGCAUAUGCAACAGCAAAUGGGUGCACACUCGUACGGGUAUGGCAAUCAACCAUAUACACAGGAUCCAAUGAUGGGGCCUCCUCUUGAUCCGAAGCAGAGAGCGCAGAUUGAUCGUUGGCGUCAAGGUGUUGUGCAGUGA